AUGAUCUAUUGCGUUUCAAGAACCUAUGCAAAAACUAGAGAGAUUCAGCAUCAAAAAAAUAAAUCUGCUAGUAUCAUCACUACAAAACCUCCAGAAACUAAUACUGCCUCAGUUCAUGAACUUUACGUUUCUAACAAUAUGAUGUUAAGUUUGCUAACUCUCUCCGAGCAAGAAUCCAAGGCUGUAUCAAAACUUCCUUCAAAUACUUAGCAAGAUGAUAAUCAAUUUUAUUAAUAUAGAUAAUCAUUGCAAAAAUAAUUGUCUGAAAGAAAGGUUAAAAGAAAUUACGAUUUAGAACCGAUUACAAAAGAAAACAACUCAAUAUAAUCAAUAUAAUUACCUGAACAAGCACACGCAGAUUAAAAUCAAGGACAAAGUAGAAGAACAGUGCCUAAUCUAUUGCAGAAAUCCUAAUAGUGCUCUCAAAACAAUAGAAACUCAUUAAUGUUCAAUACUUCUUAUGAAAUUUCAUUUGGGAAGUUUAAAUUUCAAAAAAACGAAAUUUUUUAAGAUACAAAUUCAAUUUCAAAUGUUACAGACACAGAAACUGUGAUUAAUCUACCUAUGUAAUUUUAACCAUUCAAGUUUAAAUAAUGA